UAAACAAAGAUCUUGAAAGUUAAAAAAAGAUAUUAACUUUAUCAAUCAAAAUUAGAGUACUGCAUUGCUUUCUCAAAACCCUAAAUCAAAGUUAUUGACUCAAACAAAACCCUAAAUCCCCAAAACUAGAUCUUAAUUAUUCUCCAUGGCAUUGAAAAUUCAAACCUUUUCACCUUCAUUCUCAGUUCCAACUUCAAAACCCAAACAACACUUCCACUCAAUUACUAUUUCUGCCUCGAAUUCGACACGCCCAUCGAUCGCCGGCCGCAAGCUCCGAGCAGCAGUAAUUGGCGGAGGACCCGCUGGAUCCUCCGCUGCAGAAGCUCUUGCGAGCGGCGGCGUGGAAACCUUCUUAUUCGAGCGAAACCCGCCGUCGACACCGAAGCCAUGCGGCGGAGCAAUCCCUCUCUGCAUGCUAGAAGAAUUCGACAUUCCUCACCACCUCAUCGACCGCCAUGUCACACAAAUGCGAAUCUUCUCACCUUCAAACAUCGCCGUGGAUUUCGGUAAAACACUAAAACCCAACGAAUUCAUCGCCAUGCUCCGCCGUGAAGUCCUCGAUUCAUUCCUCCGAUCCCGCGCCGUUUCCGCCGGCGCCGAACACAUCUCUGGCCUAGUCACCUCUCUCGAUGUCCCAACCUCACCGAACUCCCCCUACACCAUCAACUACACAAACAAAACCUCAUCUAAAAACUCCCUCGCCGUCGACGUCGUAAUCGGCGCCGACGGCGCCAACAGCCGUGUCGCGAAAUCAAUCUCCGCCGGCGAUUACACCUGCGCCAUCGCGUUUCAAGAACGAAUCAAAUUAUCGGACGAGAAAAUGAAGUAUUACGAAAAUCUCGCCGAGAUGUACAUAGGUGAUGAUGUGUCACCGGAUUUUUACGCGUGGGUUUUUCCUAAAUGUGACCACGUGGCAGUGGGAACUGGUACAGUACGGUCCAAACACGAUAUUAAGCUGUACCAGCGAGCUAUAAGAGAAAGAGCAAUGUCAAAGAUCGACGGUGGAAAAGUGAUCAAAGUAGAGGCCCACCCGAUUCCUGAGCACCCGCGUCCUAUUAGAGUUAGAGGACGCGUGGCGCUUGUGGGUGACGCAGCGGGUUACGUCACAAAAUGUUCGGGUGAAGGUAUUUAUUUUGCAGCAAUGUCAGGUCGAAUGUGUGGAAACGGUGUUGUCAGAGCUUCUGAAGGCGGAGAAAAGAUGAUUAACGAGUGUGAUCUUAUGAGGGAGUAUCUUAAGGAAUGGGAUGCGAAGUAUGUGAACACUUUUAGAUUUUUAGAUCUUUUGCAAAGGGUUUUUUAUGGUAGUAAUGCGUCUAGGGAAGCUUUGGUGGAGCUUUGUGGUGAUGAGUAUGUUCAAAGGAUGACAUUUGAUAGUUACUUGUAUAAGAAGUUGGCACAUGGGAGAGUGUGUGAUGAUGUUAAGCUUUUUAUGAAUACUAUUGGGAGUUUAAUUAGGUGUAAUGAUGUGGGAACACGUAUGAAGGGUUUGAUUUUGUAGAGGAUCAUUCUUUGUCCCUUGGUUGGGAAUUAUUGAUAUUUAUGGGUCUCUAUUAUCUUUACCCUACAUUGUUGUAAUCUGAAUUUGUAUCUUUGUUUUGGCCAUAGCUUUCCUUCCACUAUGCAAGAAAAAUAAAAUGUUAUUCUCUCCC